GCGAGUCAGCCGUCGUGAGCUACAGAUCGCGCGCGGGAUCCUCUCUCCAGUCGCGUGUCAUGUUUUCAUCACUGAUAUCAUCUGUCAGUUAGUUUCCGAUGUCGAUGUUAAAAAACAUGAAUGAGCACCGCGCGUAAUAACAUCGGCUGCGGUGGCUACGACCGUAGCAUCUGAAGAGGACAGCUUUCGCCGAUUAUCUGGUUUUUCUCGUAAGCUUGUGGCCGUUGACACCGCAGCGUGCGGGUCCCGCAGUGCGCGAGUGUGUGCUUUAGCGAACGUAGUUGAGGACGUCAGCUGAGUCGCGUAAACAUUGGCCUUACAAAGUUACGACAAUGGCAACGCCGCUCUUCUUGUAAUCACUGGCGUCUGACAAUUAACGGGGGUCCCGUGAUGAAAAUCAACAUGAGGGCAUUUAUACUGAUCUUCUUAACAGGAGUGGCGCUUGCGGUGGAGGUCCACUUCGAGAAUAAGGACAGCGGCUUCUUCCUCAAACAUACGGCGAGAUGGAGUGGCGCGGGCCCGCCGCCCGAGCCGGUCGGCACGGCACUACCCGGCGCCCUGCUCUCCCUGGACCGAUUCACGGUGCUCCAGGGCUCGGCGCCGGCCUCCGUUCGAGCUACAUAUGGCCCGUUCUCCACCAAACAAACUGUUCCCGCCAGAUAUGCCGUACCAGAUCCCUUAGAGCCACCAAAGAGAAAUGCCACCUUGGUGGAACUCCAGGAUGCCACAGCUCAUAGACUCGACGUGUCCGCUCAUCUUGUGUUUCGGGAGCUACCCCGUGAUGCUCCUGUACUCCGCGUACUCUUCCAUACUGGAGGUGAAGGAGGCACACGACGCGCCGCCACACGGCCUAGGCGUGUUUGUAUCACACUACACGCCAGUCUUGGUUCCAAAACUCUCACUGCAUCUUGCGGUCCCGAAGGUGAAGAGGGCGCUUGCUUGGCUGAGCUUACAGUCCCCGCCGCUUGGUGGCCUGCCGAUGGGAAGGGUAAACGUCCGCCGAAGAACAUACGAUUGGCGUAUAGCGCCGCCGAAGCUGGUAACGGGGAAAGUCCGGAAGGAGCGUGUGGCAGGGUAUCGGUGCAACCGGCGUGGCCGCUGGGCUCGGUCACUUUAGCCGGCGCCCGCGCGGGUUACCGGGAGGCGCGGGCCGGGGACGCCGCUUUGCUUCUACCUCGAGCUCCACUUUAUCCUCAUUCUCGCUUACAUCUGCCAUUUGUCGUCCGACGUGAUGCCAGCCACGCUAUUGGACAUGUUGUUAUAAGGAUGAAAGUGAAGUCCGGCUUGCGGUUAGUUAGCGUGUCAGCCGCCAACUCCCGCUGGGCGGUAACCGCGGAAGUAAAGCCUCGCGCUGCCACCGUGACCGCCACACGCCUGGAGCAACCGCUACGAGAUGAUGAUCAACUCGAAACGGACGUUGAAGACACCGUUGGCGCCGGAGGUCCAGGCUGGGAAGAGAUCCUCACGUGGCUUGUAGAAGUGGGAGCUGAAGGCGAGGGGGAUGCCGAAGGGGCUGAGGGAGAGUCGGGCCGCGGCACCGCGCGUCUGUCCUGGUCCGCCAAGGUGUCAUCGGCUCCUAGUUCUGGCUCUACGACCGAAGAAACGCCUCACGAGCACAGAGUCAACACGCGAUUGGACAUUGAAAAGGACGAUAUACAAUCUGUUCUUCCAAUAUCUAAGAACUGGGAAGUGUUGAACACAGCGGUGCUGACUGGCCGCCAGGUGUCGCAAGCAAUGAAAGUCCUGAUCGUCUCCCAGGCCGGUCAGGUUGCUGACGUCACACUCCAGAGCUCCUGCCACUCGGAAGAUGAAAGCGUGCUUAAGGUGUCAUCAUCGUGUAGCUCCGUGUACGUGGAUGGUUCUGAGAUCCGCGGUUCGUCGAAUGCGUCCGUGAUCGUGAAGUACGGCACGUACACCGGCCUAGCGCGCUUCACCGUAUGGAUGCCCGAGUACCCACUCGAGAUCGACGUCGACGACAAUCGACUCUCGCAAAUCAAAGGUUGGAAAGUACCAGAUGACGCGAACGCUAAGGACAGACUGAAGCGCUCUCUGUCGGCGAGAGGAUGGGGCGGCGCGCGACCAGACGGCACCAAUUCACUCACAGAACAACGAGCUUGUCGGCUGAGAUAUCAGCAAAGCAAUGUCGAGGUGUACGCUCGGUUCCUGGCGAAGGACCACGACUCGGGUCGCGUGUCGUACCUGGUUUCGCGGCGCACGUGGCUACAGGUGACCGAGCUAGUGCUGGCGCUGCUCCGCGUCUCCGACCCUCGUAUCGCCACGCUAAGGGACCGCGUGCUGCAAGGACGUAGUACCGGACGGACUGAAGUACAAGUCCUGUCACCUAUUACUGGUCGCGUGAUUGGUCUCCGUGAAGUGCGUGUGGUGAACGACAAAGUGACGAUCUCGCGUCUGCUGGUGCGCGUCAUAUCUGGCCUGCAGCUCAACAUCUCACCAGAUAGCGCUAUUGAGAACGGAUACGUCUCUGAAACAACUGUCACCAGGCGACUAACUGCUCAGUACCAGGAAGGCUUAUUGGACAUAGACAUAGAGUUUUCCGACGGCAGCCAUACGGCGCUUCGCGACGUGGCCGUGUCCGACUACUACCUACUGGUGGAGAGCCUCGACUCCGAAGUGGUGGCCUUCGCGCCUAUGCUGGCUUCGAGACAUCCACGAGUCAUUGCCGUUGGAGAAGGUAGUGGCGAACUGCUUCGAGUGACAUUACUAACUCCGGAGCAGUGCCGAGUGGGUCCGUUACGUCGGGUGGCUCUCCCUGGCAAGGGUGACGCUAAGACCCCUGCAAACAUUAAGAACAUCCCUGGCGCGCUGGCCACCGCGGCCGCCAGUGUGGACGUGGACUUCAGCGGGAGCGACCUGCCGCAGCGGCCAGACACGCCGCAGAAUGACGACAUCAUGGCACGCGGAGGGAUCAGGAGCGGCAUGUCCGAUCUAAGUGACGUUCUAAAAGGUUUUUCUCCGUUCAAAGACGAGAACAAUCACGAGCCGACGGUGCAGGCGCAACAGUAUGGCUCCAUUUUCCGCGGCGGCAGCGCUCGGCCCCGGCCUUCGCCCCACAUGACGCCGCUUGAAAUCGGAAUGUAUGUCCUGCUUGGAGCUUUUUGUUUUGCAAUUGUGAUAUUUGUGGUAUCGUGUGUGGUGUACGCUUCUCGUCUCAAACCCGCUAACGCUGAGCUGGGUAUCGGCGGCGGACGCUCGCUACCCGCAGUGGCAGAAGGCGGGCGGCUGCAGGUAGCGGGGCUAGUCGGCACUACCCUCGGCCUGGCUAGAGACAAACCGUCCAGGGAAUCAACAACCAACGCUCAUGAUUGGGUUUGGCUAGGCCGUGCAACAAUAGAAAGGAAUGGUAAUCGACAACUAGCGAACCGUAACUCCAGUCAACCGAUGGACAAAAGUAACAACAACGAGAUGAGAAUCACAUCGAACCCUCUUAACUACAAUUACGUUGAACCUGACGACGCUAUACGAGAAAACGGCAAUGUCAUGGUCACCAGCUUCGAUAACCCUAACUCCAUCGAGCUGCCGUCCCAGAACGAGAAGACCAGGACCACGGAUGACAAGACCAGGACCACUGAUGACAAGACCAGGACAGACGAUAAGACCAGGGUGAUAGACUCGACAACGUACUGCAAGAAGUCGGCUCGACACGCGCGACAACACUCCGGAGACGGUCAUUGGCAGGUGGAUGCAGCUGAUCCUGACGAGUACCGACCCCCCGUGCCGCCGCACAGGCACUCCUCAGCUACACAACCCCAGAUACCUGUCCCGCCUCGCAACAACAAAUCCUUGCCAGAAACAGUCAUGCCGCCGACCCGACGCAGUCAUUCACGCGCACACCACAAGAGACAAGACCGCGACCGCAACGCCGACCGCAAUGCCGACCGCAAUGCCGACCGCAACGCCGACCGCAACGCCGACCGCAAUACUGACCGCAAUCCUGACCCCGAACCCGAAAACGCCUCUCCCGAAUAUGCACGCCGUCCGGACCGAAUUAUUGAUUUGAACGUAAGCAACACACCGUACAUGAUGAACCGAGAGCCGAGCGAGUACCGCGACUACCCCAUGCACUACGAGGCCGAGCUGUCCGAGCUGUCCGACGACCCGGUGGAGAAGCUGAGUAAGGCGGACUGCGCGCGCCUCUUCGAGUUCGACAGCGACGCGCCGCUCGUGCUCGAGAACAAGGACUAUCGCGAAGUCAUCGGCCUCAACAGAGGCACCGACGACUCGCGCCGCACCUUCGCUAAGCCCGACAGCCCCGACUACAUGCUCGACUCUGGAAUUGGUUUGCCCGACGUCCAGAUGAGACACAAAAAGAACAAGGAAUCAAACGUCAAGGGAGAUUUCGUCGAGCCCGGCACUCAAAUUAAAGGGAGCACUUCCCCGGAGGUAAAGCGCGCAACGAUUGUCGGCAAUCCGAUGUAUUCUCGGCGCGCUGCGGCGGCGGGGGUAACGGGGGCGGGGGCAGAGGUGCAGGCGGACUCGCUCGGCCUCGACGACCUGCACAUGGACUACGACCAGAUCAUGCACUACUUCCACAACCUCAAGGAAUCGAACGCCUGAGUAGAGCAGAUCAUUGCAAAGAUCCGGCAGAUAUUGUCUACGUUUAAAUAUCAGCAUGUCGUGAAAGCUUCUCCGAUCGAGGUAUACGAUGCGGGCGCGGAGGUGCGCGUGUCGGGGGGCCCGGCGGGGGCAGGGGAUAGUACCGUUGACGCGCUCAACAACAACGCGCCCGCGCUCGACCACGUCUACGAGAACGUUGACGGCCACAGAGUUGCGCCCACACAAAUGCUUUGCGACUCUAUCGCUCACAAAAAUAAUUUCAUGAAACGACAAUUGAAAUUUUUGCUCGAGCAUCUGAGCGAGGCCUACGAAUGAGUGCUAUUAACGUAUUAUCCUCCGUACAAUAUGUGUCGACAUGGAUCCUUGCAGUGAUCGAAAUCGAAAACUAUACUAAAAUGUAAACUGUUUUAUACUUAUAUAGCGUUAAACGUAUUUAAUCUAGUCAUCUACAAAGCUGCACAUUAUUUAUGAUGUAUUUAAUGACUUUUCGUGUGCAUCUAGUUAAAUAAUACUCGUAAUUAUGUCAAUACAAAUAUUAAUGUAAGGGAAUUGUAUACACGCGUUGUUUUGUCUGUAUGUUAAUAUAACUUAUUGAACGGGCUAAUUAAGUAAUAUCCACGUUAUACAUACAUAUGAAUACGCGAGCCUUGACUGUUGUCGCUUUAUUCCCGUACCAAAUAUGAAUCUUGCAUUUUUCCAACACCCUGUACAUAUGAUUCCACUAGUAAUGGUAAAAACGCUACCUCACUUAUAUGUAUGUAUUCUUAAAUUAGAGCUUAGCUGAUACUCGUAUUUCCGAGCAUGCAUUAAACUAAUUGAAAUUGUAAAUCUUUCUUAUAUAUGCGUUUACUACAGUUAUUUAAUUUUAUUCCUCUUUCUUCGACAUUAAAAAAAGGAAAAAUAAAAUAGAUAUAAAGACUGCAUGAAGCCAGUGCUUAGGAUGUUAUUCAUAGUUACUAUUUCAUAGCUUAAGACAGAACUAGUCAAAUAUAUAUAAUCCGUGAGCUAAUUCAUUUGCUCAAGUCUUGAUGCGAGUCUCACAAAAUCUGAUAUCGAUGUUAGUAAGCUUACGGCUUGGAAACAUUCCUUCGUGAUUACCACCGCCUCUCUUUAAUAUGUGUACUAAAAUAAUCAUAGAGUUAAAGGACUAGUUGAUAUCAUAUAUAUGGACAAUUUUAACCUUUUGUCACAUUAUAUUUAACAAAAGCUUUGUCAAUUGUCUACAUCCGAUAUAUAAAUAUGGACUUGUGAUAAAAUGACUGCUAGGGAUUGAUUUUUUACGCGGUCGAUUUUAUAAAUUAAAAUGCCAUAUCAUGAGACCUAGCGCUUGUAUUAUAACAUGUAAACACUUAAUAUUAAUUUAUUGAGAAUGUAAAUUGCAUAUAUCGGUAAGAUAGCUCCUUAGGCUUUGUAAAUAUUGUUAUGACGUUAUAUAAUUUAUAGGUAUUCAUGUGGAGGCGAUGAUGCGGGAAUAGAGAAUAUUUUUAGUAGAGUCGCUUGACAUUCUAUAAAAAGCGUAGUACUGCACUCUGAAAUGUGGUGAAAUUAUCUGUUAAAAAACAAGUACUGGUCGUAAAUGCUACACAUCGAAAUGUAAAGGGAGAAUAUUAACCAUAAUAUUGUAAAGAAGGCGCUAUACAAUGCAAUCUUUCUCUUUCUAUUCGGUGUGUAAAAUUUAAGGUUAUGUACUUCACUUUAGUCAAUGUUUUAAUGUAUUUGUGUAUUUAAUGUGACCGUAUUAGAAAUAACAAUCAGUCAAAAAUAUCAAUUAUGAUUUAGCUAGAUGUUGAGCAAUGUUUAACUGUCAAAACACUUAUUAUUACUUAUAUUGUCAUCCUUUUUAUUAUCUUUGAA